UAGCACGUCAGGCAUCAAAUAACACCGACUGCUCUGCUUGCCGGGACGCAAAAUCUGGGGUGAAACAAUUUCUCUCUACAUUAAAAAAAAUAGAAAUAAUCCCCUCUUGAAGAAUACCCAUUUCAUAUAACGAUCUCGGCAAGAAUACCUAAAGCUAAUCGAAGAGAGAGAGAGAGAGAGAGAGAGAGAGAGAGAGAGGGAGAGAGAGGGAAAGAAGGUCGCAGAUCCCAUUAUUCCCCAUCCAUGGAGGCGAACCAGUCGGGAUCCGAGAGAGACAAAGGGAGUUUGCCGUCCCCCAUCACCGUUGUUUGUAGCUUUUGGAGAGAUUUUGAUUUAGAAAAAGAAAGGAGUGGCCUGGAUGAACAGGGACUAAGAAUUGCUGAAAACCAGGAAAUUAGUCAGAAGAACAGGAGGAAGCUUGCAGAGAGUACUCGGGAUUUCAAGAAAGCAUCUGCAGAUGAGAAGCUAAAUUUGUUUAAUUCCUUGCUUAAGAGUUAUCAAGAAGAAGUUGAUAAUCUUACCAAGAGAGCAAAAUUUGGAGAAAAUGCAUUUCUUAACAUCUACCAGAAGCUUUAUGAAGCUCCUGAUCCUUAUCCAGAUCUUGCUUCAAUUGCUGAGCAAGACCAAAAAGUGUCUGAACUUGAGUCUGAGAAUCGAAAGAUGAAGCUUGAGCUUGAAGAGUACCGGACUGAAGCUACUCAUCUAAAGAAUCAGCAAGCUACAAUUAGAAGACUAGAAGAGCGAAACCGCCAGCUAGAGCAACAGAUGGAGGAAAAGGUGAGAGAGAUUGUGGAAAUGAAGCAACGUAGCCUGGCAGAAGAAAACCAGAAAACUCUUGAAGUCUUGAAAGAGAGGGAACUUCUAUUGCAGGAUCAACUACGGCAAGCCAAGGAAAGUGUGUCGAAUAUGCAGAAACUACAUGAGUUUGCUCAAAGACAGUUGCUUGAACUUCGUACUCAAUCAGAGGAAGAAAGAGCAGCAAAGGAAUCUGAGGUCAAUCUUCUAAUGGAUGAGGUUGAGCGAGCUCAGACACGGUUGCUUAGUCUUGAAAGGGAAAAGGGUCUUCUGCGUUCUCAGUUGGAGUCGACAAAUGAAGAGGAUGAAAAUCAGAGUGAUUAUUUGGAGUCGAACAAUAUCCUUGAAAGUUCCUUGAAUGCAAAGGAGAAGAUAAUCUCGGAGUUAAACAUGGAACUUCAUAAUACGGAAACUGCAUUAUCUAGUGAGAGGGAGCAGCACGUGAAUGAGAUCAAGAAGUUGAAUGCAUUACUCAAUGAAAAGGAGACUGCUCUUAUGGAGGUGAGAAAAGAGCUUCAAGAAAGACCCACUGCAAAACUAGUUGAUGAUCUGCGUAAAAAAGUCCAAAUUUUGCAGGCAGUUGGUUACAACUCAAUUGAGGCUGAAGACUGGGAACUGGCUACCAAUGGGGAAGAAAUGAGCAAGUUGGAGUCCCUGUUACUUGACAAGAACCGAAAAAUGGAGCAUGAAUUGACACAAUUGAAGGUUAAAAUUUCGGCAAAAACAAGUUUGCUGGAAGCAGCUGAAGCCAAGGUUGCAGAACUAACUGCCAAGGUGGAUGAACAACAGAAGUUAAUUACAAAACUCGAAGAUGACAUACUAAAGGGUUACAGCUCAUCUGACCGGAAGGGCUUGCUUUUGAAAGAUUGGGAUUUUCAGGAGAUUGGUACAAGAGAAGUUUCUGAGGGUACGGAUCAGAGAUAUAAUUCAGAUCAGGAUCAAAGUUCAAUGCUAAAAGUAAUUUGCAAUCAGCGUGAUCGUUUUCGAACACGCUUACGAGAAACAGAGGAGGAAAUGAGGCAAUUGAAGGAGAAGAUGGGGAUGCUAGCUGUAGAACUUGAGAAUACUAAAGCUGAUAAUGUGAAACUCUAUGGGAAGAUCCGUUAUGUCCAAGAUUACAGUCUUGAGAAGCUUGUCUCUAGAGGACCAAAGAAGUAUGCGGAAGAUAUUGAAAGUGGCUCCAGUUCUGAUGUUGAAUCCAAAUACAAGAAGAUAUACGAGGAUGACAUAAAUCCUUUUGCUGCAUUCUCAAAGAAGGAAAGGGAUCAAAGGUACAAGGAACUUGGUCUAAGAGAUAAAAUUACACUUAGCAGCGGUCGUUUUCUUCUGGGCAACAGAUAUGCCCGAACAUUCGUAUUCUUUUACUCUAUUGGACUGCAUCUCCUUGUAUUUACAUGUCUUUACAGAAUGUCAGCAUUAAGCUAUCUCAGCACCACUCCUGGCCAUGAUGAAGCCAUCCUUGAUGCUGGGAAUCACACGCUAUCUCAUGCAUUCUCCAACUAAUUGGAUGGUGUGCCUUGUAUUUUGCGAGUUCAGGUUUUUCUAUAAGAAGCCCCAUUUGUGGCUUUUUGAUUUUUAAGGGACAGAAAUGUAUAUAAGAUCGGAACAGCAUUAUAUGUCCAAGGAAUGUACAUGUAACGUGAAGAUGUCACGGAUACAGAUGAGAAGGGCAUGUCUGGUAUAUGCACAUGAAAUGGAAGUUCGAUUCCUUCGCUGGUUUCACCUGCAAUGAAUGUGCAGCAGU